UCAAAGCUAAGAUGCGAUUCGACUCCUGUUUCCUUUGCUGGCGGGAUUAGAGCCCAGCGGGCUGUCUCGUUUUGUCUUGAGUCAUGAUGCUGCGCCUCGAGUCUACCGCGCGAAUGUGUGUGGCCAUACCGCAUUCGGGUUGAGCUUGCGACGUUGAUGGUUUUGAUGGGCCAUAAUCUUGAUGGGCUUCAGCGGAGAGACAGGAGUUGGAACGCUGGACGGGGAGUAUAAAGGCUGCGAAGUUUGGACGUGAUGUGUUGACGGAGAUAAUAUUCGACAGGCUCAGCUCCCGGUUUCCAGUCCAGUCUCUCACCCACUCCCCCCGCCCUUCUUUCACUUCGAUCUAGUACUCUUUCUUUGGCUUCAGCCCUGGCGGCACUGUCUUUAAUCAAUCAUACCAAUCCUUUUUUGACUCAAAUUGACACAUAGAACCUAAGAAAAACCCGCCUCACAGCCACAAUGCAUCCCUACGAAGUCCUCCUUUUCUCUCUGCUCGCGACCCCUUCCUCGGCCCACGGCGUCGUCACGCUCAUCCGCGGUGCCAAUGGGGUUGAGAUGCCCGGUCUAUCCGUGGCCGACGGCACCCCGCGCGACUGCUCCACCAACCGGUGCGGCUCGCAGGCCGACACGGCCAUCAUCCGGGACCGCGAGAUCCGCUCGGGCACGGUCGGGCCCUUGGGCCGCACGCAGGGCAACGGCCCCAUCGACGCGGCGACCAUGAUCUCGGCCUUCAUGGGCACCGGCGACGCCGCGCUGCCCCGCGUCAACGCCGCCAACGCCUCGGUCGGCGUCGAGGAUGACUUGAGCGGUUUGACCCAGGGCAGCAGCGGCAGCGGCAGCGGCAGCAGCGGUACUAGUAGGGGAGGAAGACGAUUCGGACAGGGUGGGCGCAAUAACAACAACAAGAAAAGGAGGGAGGAGGAGGCCUGGCAGGGUGGGAAAGCCGUCAAGGUUGCCAGGCAGUUCUUCCAGGGCCUGUUUGGGGGCGGUGGGACUGACAGUACGGUGGCGACAGAGAGCAAUGUCGCUGCUAUGGCGGGCACGGGGGCGUCUUCUGGCCUGCCGACGUGUGGGGAUGAUGGUUCGAUUGAGAUGGUAUUUCACCAGAUCAACCAGGACGGGGCCGGUCCCCUCCAGGCAGCCAUCGACGGCACAUCUGGCGGCACGGAUCCCGAUGCAUUUCAAACUGCCCAGGUGACGCAGGACGUGCCCGGCUUUGCGGGCGGGCUGAGCCUGGCGACCAGCAGGGACUUCCCGCUGACGGUGCAGAUGCCGGCGGGCAUGACCUGUGACGCCACGGUGGCUGGCGUGGACAAUGUUUGCAUCGUGCGCGUCCGCAACGGGGCGGCUGCUGGGCCCUUUGGUGGCAGUGCCGCCUUCACACAGAGCCCUGCGGCCAGGAAGCGCGCCAUUGAGUACCGGCUGAAGAAGAGGGCUCAGGCUUUCAAGGCCUAACAUUGGAUCAUGGAAUGGAGUGUUUGAGGUUCUGAUAGUUGUCAGAGCGUCACCCGUUUCAGGAUGGUGCUCGGGGAGCUUGUUUGCUUCCAGGUUGUCUGGCAUGACCGGAGCUAGGGGCAAUCAUGAAGGUGUACAUGUACAAUAAGGUACAAUAUUUUGUGGGUUGUACAUAGCCCUGAAGUGUUACGAAUCCUAUCUUUGCUGUCGGACC